CGCGCAUGCGCACUGCACAGCCGGCCCAUAGAGCGACGUAAACAUGGCAGCCUCCAGUGCUCGCUGUACCGCACGCUGGCUGUCAAGCGGUUUACCUGGACUCCGCAGCGCCUGUGCGCUCACAAACACCUCUAGACACGGAGACACUGCAGCUCUGAGGAUUGUCUGGAUUCGCAGUUAUGUGAAGGAGGGUCAUUUAAGCUGCUGGAGGCACGGAGGACGUGUGACAUUGAACAGGGUACCAGUGCUGAGAAGCCACAGUGUUUUCAGCUCUCAUUUCUUCCACACCACUUCUGGGUGCCAUCAGCAGGACUUCUAUGAUGUUUUGGGGGUUCCUCGGACUGCCUCUCAGAAAGACAUUAAGAAAGCCUACUACCAGUUGGCCAAGAAAUACCAUCCAGACACCAACCCAGAUGACCCUGACGCGAAAGAGAAGUUUGCCAAGCUGGCAGAAGCCUAUGAGACCCUCAGUGAUGAGCUGAAGAGGAAGCAGUAUGACACGUACGGUUCGGCCGGUCCGGGUGCGAGUGGGGCGGGGCAGCAGCAGCAGUACUGGAGAGGCGGAGCCACCGUGGACCCAGAGGAGCUGUUCAGGAAGAUUUUUGGAGAGUUCGCUGGGGGGCGUGGCUUCGGUGACCUCAACUCCAUGUUCGAACAGGCACCUGAAUUCGUGAUGGAGCUGACGUUCAUGCAGGCUGCCAAAGGCGUGAAUAAGGAGAUAACGGUCAACAUAGAUGACGCCUGUCCACGCUGUGACGGAAAAGCUCACGAGCCGGGAACUAAAGUGUCACAUUGUCACUACUGCAAUGGAACUGGCAUGGAGUCUAUAAACACUGGUCCGUUUAUGAUGCGCUCAGCAUGUAGGCGGUGCGGUGGGCGGGGCUCUAUCAUCAUCACUCCUUGCAUCAUGUGUCGAGGAACUGGACAAACCAAACAGAAACAGACCGUUAUGGUACCUGUGCCUGCAGGUAUAGAAGACGGACAGACAGUUAAAGUGCCAGUCGGGAAGAAAUACAUUUACAUCACAUUCAGAGUGCAGAGGAGUCCAGUGUUUCGUCGUGAUGGCGCUGAUAUCCACUCUGAUGUGAUGAUUUCAGUAGCGCAGGCAAUACUAGGAGGAACAGCCAGAGCACAGGGCCUGUACAGCACCAUCGACAUUGCGAUUCCUCCAGGCAUUCAGACAGACCACAAGAUCAGACUGGGAGGAAAAGGCAUCCCACGAGUGAAUAGCUUCGGUUAUGGAGAUCAUUUUGUAAAUAUCAAAAUCAAAAUCCCUAAGAAACUGACGAACAGGCAGAGAAUGCUGCUGUUGAGUUAUGCAGAGGAUGAGACGGAAGUGGAAGGAACUGUUACUGGAGUAACCAGACCAGCCAAAGGUAGUUCUCAGGAGGGACAGACCUCAGAGUCAGGGCAGAGCAGAGAGGAAGAGCCGGAGAAAGAGGAAGGGGGAUUUUUCUCCAAACUGAAGAAGAUGUUCACCUGAAGAUCACGGAAGGCAGCAGUCUUGUGGUGUUUUAGUGCAGAUUUGGCCAAAAACAAGAAGUAUGAAAGGAGCACAAGAACAAAGAACGCAUUCACCCAGCUGAGGACAUCUCCAAUCACUCCACAGCAUCUCCAAUCUGCUACUAUAGAUUAAUAACUAAUUUUGAUCCUUAAAAAAACCAUGGAUUAAGAGCAAAGCUUUCCUGAGGAUGACGUGUAUAAACCUGUGCUGUUUGGUCUAUGUUUUAAUGGAGUAUGUCUGAAUAAAUGGUCAAAAUAAA